GUUCAUUUUUGCACUCUUUCUCCCCGUGGACCAAAUUAAACCUUCCUCUCUCCUCAGAAAUCCUUAAACUAAAACUUGAUCCAAUUCCCCCACACAUUCUCUUUUUCACCUUUCUUGCGUUUUUUUUUUUGUUUAACGCAAAACACUUUCUUCAAUUUCAAAAACCUAUUUCCCCUUUCUCAUUACUCCAUCAAUUUCAGUUUUAUCGCACACCCCCAAUUUUUUUCCGGUAAGCAAAGUUGAAAUCUUUACCUUGUUUUUUCGCAACCGAAAUUUUUAUAUUUUUUGAAUCUGUUAUUAUAAUACUUUGUAUAUAGUUUUGGAUUUCAAUUAUGGAUAAAUUAGGAGAUGGGAUUUUUCCAGAUGAGGUUGUUAUGCAAAUUCUUGCUAGGUUACCAGUGAAAUCCCUUUUUAGGACCAAAACUGUGUGCAAAUUGUGGAAUAGGUUGAGUUUGGAUAAUUAUUUCAUUCAAUUAUACAAUGAGAUUUCUAGGAAGAACCCUAUGAUUUUGGUGGAGAUUUCAGAUUCGUUAUUAGAGUCCAAAUCUAGCCUAAUAUGUGUUGAUAAUUUAAGGGGUGUCUCUGAAUUUUCGCUUAAUUUCUUGAAUGAUCGAGUUAAGGUUCGAGCUUCUUGUAAUGGAUUGUUGUGUUGUUCUAGUAUUCCUGAUAAGGGUGUGUACUAUGUUUGUAAUCCGGUUACUCGCGAGUUUAGGUUGCUUCCUAAGAGUAGGGAAAGGCCAGUGACUCGAUUUUAUCCCGAUGGCGAAGCUACAUUGGUUGGUUUGGCCUGUGAUUCAGCGUAUCAGAAGUUUAAUGUUGUUCUCGCCGGUUGUCAUCGCACAUUCGGUCAUAGGCCGGAUGGAAAAUUCAUAUGUUUGGUUUUUGAUUCGGAGUUGAACAAGUGGAGGAAGUUGAUUUCUUUUCAAGAUGACCAUUUUACUCAUAUGAAUAAGAAUCAAGUUGUUUUUGUCAAUAAUGCUUUGCACUGGUUGACUGUUAGCUCCACUUAUAUACUCGUGCUUGAUUUAAGUUGCGAUGUUUGGAGGAAGAUGUCGUUGCCGUAUGACCCGAGUUAUGGAUCGGGAAAUAGGACUUAUCUGUUGGAGUUCGAUGGUUGUCUUUCUGUUAUUCAAAUUUCGGAAGCAUGGAUGAUUAUAUGGGUGUUAAAAGAUUACUGGAAAGAUGAAUGGUGCAUUGUAGAUAAGGUGAGUUUGAGAUGUAUCCGAGGAAUGGUUCCGGGUAUUUUCCCGAUCAGUCAGACAAGUGAGUAUGUUUUCUUGGCAACUCAUAAACAGGUUUUGGUGUAUCAACGCAAGAGCCAAGUUUGGAAAGAAAUGUACUCUGUGAAGUAUAGCUCAACGCUUCCAUUGUGGUUUUCGGCGCAUGCGUAUCGCAGCACAAUGUUCUCGUGUAACUGAUGCAUGAUCAUUAUGUUAGAUAAUAACUUUUGUACAUCUAUUUCUAGUUGCAGGUAAUUUAAAUUUACUUAGCAACUGUUAUUUGCUGAAAAUAAUCAAUCAUGUUUCUGGUAUAGUAUCUAUUUUGAAACAUUGGUGUUGGCUUUUCCAUGGAAAUAUGUUAAUAAUGCAUGAGAAUGUUCUCUUGUAAGUUGUAACUGAGGUGUGGUGAGGAGUGGUUUCAUUAAAUAAUUACUGUUGUACAUAUAUUUGUAAUUGCAUUUUGCAAUUAACCUUAGUUUACUUUUCUGCUAGUGCAAAAAUGUUUUAAUUUUA